UGCUGUGACAGAUCCGGGUUAGCCGCCAGGGGAACCCAUUUCUUAACAACAUCUCAUCGAGAUACACACAGAUCGCAGCCGCAGAGGGAGCAGGACACAUCUUUGUGCGCUUCAACGUUUAUUAAAUAAAUAUUCUCUGUCUGUUCUUUCACAACCGGUCUGUAGACACAAACUAUUUUCGCCGCACGUUCUGUGUAGUGUGGCGAUUAUCUAAUUGACGGACAAACUGUUUAAUCUAAAGAAAGGCACUUCACAAGGUAAAGAAACGAGAUUUUUUUUUUUUUUUCUAGGAAAUGACAACUGCGAUUUAAUUACACCUUAAGUGUUCAGAAAAUGGGCGCGUUAGGGACAGUUGUGUUUUGCUCAACAAUGUUACAGUAGGCUAUAUACAUCUGCACAUAAUUUGCUAAUGGUCAAAAUUAGAAACUGCAAUAAUGCACCUAUAGGCUUCUCUGAAGCUUUACUUUAAUGGGAGGGCGGUCUUGGAUUACUGUUUGUGCAAACCUUCAACUUCAGACACAUCUCAAACAGAGCUGUAAUCAUGCAGUCACUACGGCUAAACCGUCUUCUUAUUCUCGUGUGGAGUCUUGACGCUUUAGCAUAUCGACAUGACGAGAAAUUAAGAACGAUCAGUAGGAGCAAUGGUCAGACUCACCUUUCUGCAAGGUAUGUUGUAAAUUGUUCUAAUUCAGAAUUUCAUAGGAAAUGGCUGAUAAUAUAUGGGGAAAUAGCGAAGGACAUGAGACAUUUCAAAAGGCAUUCUACAGGUGGUUCUUUGAAGAUAAUACAAACACGGUUGAGAAAUAAUAAUGCCUCGUCGUUUGAAAGGACAUUGCAAAUGAAAUCCAAAGGUUUGACGAACAGCCGGGGAAAUGUGCAUUAUGACUCUGCUGCUAACAUCAUCAGAGCCUUCCCAGAGAAAUCGUCUGCAAAACUACACAGGGGACUUAAGUACCAUCGCAACGAAAAGUUAAAUUCCAACCUGACUGCCAUGGAAACACUAAGGGGAUACAAUUACUCGGAGCUUCAAUUUGAUUCAAAGGGGCGUGAAUUCGUGAUGCCAGCAGCGAGGAAUCAAAGACGAAAAAGAGGUGCCGCCAACACAGAAAAUGACAAGAAAAAAGGACAAAGCAGAAAGAAAAAGCCAAAGAAUAAUGGCCACGCAUCAACUCAUUUAAAUGGUUCUACUGAGAUAACCCCUACAUGGGAAAACCCCAAACCCCUACCACUUAACGACUCCUCUGAUUAUUCAAAUGACUAUACCAGAAGUGAUGGACUGUACACACUGCCAGAGGACAUGUCUGUAACCCCUCCGAUGCCGUUUAAUACACGAGGAAGGAAAAAUGAGCUGAAAAACCCGUUUUACCCAUUAACAGACGUAACUUAUGGAGCAUAUGCAAUCAUGUGUUUGUCUGUGAUUAUAUUUAGUGUUGGUAUAAUGGGGAACAUUGCAGUUAUGUGCAUAGUCUGCCACAACUACUACAUGAGGAGUAUUUCUAAUUCGCUUUUAGCCAACCUGGCGUUUUGGGAUUUUUUGAACAUCUUUUUUUGCUUGCCCCUUGUGAUAUUCCAUGAACUUACGAAGAAGUGGCUAUUGGGAGAGUUCUCAUGCAGAAUCAUACCAUACAUUGAGGUGGCCUCGCUUGGAGUUACUACUUUCACAUUGUGUGCUCUCUGCAUUGACCGAUUCCGUGCUGCAGCAAACGUGCAGAUGUACUACGAGAUGAUUGAGAACUGCACUUCCACCACAGCCAAGCUAGCGGUUAUCUGGAUUGGGGCCCUGCUGCUGGCCCUUCCUGAGGUGCUUCUUCGUCAGCUCGUCACAGAAGAGUCUGUAGCCACUAGUACUGCAGCCUCCAGCUCUGCCGCUGGGUCUGCCGCUGAGCGGUGUGUGGUUAAAAUCUCCCCUGAGCUUCCUGACACAAUCUAUGUUCUUGCAUUGACUUAUGAUGGUGCCAGGCUGUGGUGGUACUUUGGGUGCUAUUUUUGUUUACCAACACUCUUCACUAUUAGCAGCUCUCUUAUAACAGCAAGGAAAAUCCGAAAAGCAGAGAAAGCCUGUGUUAGAGGAAACAAGAAACAAAUUCAGCUGGAAAGUCAGAUGAACUGCACAGUGGUGGCCUUAACCAUUUUGUACGGCUUUUGUAUCAUUCCUGAAAAUAUAUGCAACAUUGUCACGGUCUACAUGUCCACAGGGGUCCCGAAACAGACUACAGACCUUCUUCAACUCAUUAGCCAGUUUCUUUUGUUUUUCAAGUCAGGCGUGACCCCGGUACUUCUCUUCUGCCUUUGCAAGCCUUUCAGCAGGGCCUUUGUGGACUGUUGCUGCUGCUGUUGUGAAGAAUGUGUCCAAAAGUCUUCAACUGUGACGAAUGAUGACAAUGACAAUGAGUACACUACAGAACUUGAACUGUCUCCUUUCAGCACAGUACGGCGCAAGACAUCUGUUUACACCUCUGUCGGUACUCAUUGCUGAACCGUAAAUACAGUUCCUUUACUAAAACACUGAAACAAUAACACCUACCUGUAUACACUGGAAAAUGCAUUCAUAAACCAUCUGUUUAAUACAAGAGUAUACUAAUUAUUUUUUAAUUCAUUUUUUCUUUAGUAGUCGCCAGUUUUAUAAUUUUCCCCCAAUUUAGAAUAGCCAAUUCUUUUUAGGCUCAGCUCACUGCUACCACCCCCUUGCUGACUCAGGAGUUGUGAAGACAG